AAAUGCAACCUUUACGAAUUUUGCCUUCACAAUUUUAUAUUAUCGAUCUUCGUUAUGAUGGACUUUAUCGAAUGAUACUGGUGGGAGAAUUUAGAUUUCCUGAAGAUCCAACAACUUGGGGGACACUUAUGAACUAUUUUCAGGUGAUGGCUACAAUGCAGAGUCUCGUGAAUGAAGGGGCAACUAAAUACCAAUACGCUCGAAAGGGUUCAAAACAAGAAGAUCCGGCAAAUUUAAAAUUUAAAAAGUCAAUGUUUCAUUUCCCAAUGAAGGUAUAUAACACCAUAUAA